UGGCGUAGUGUGUUUGUCAACAUUCUAUUGAUUUUUCCUGUUAUAUUAUAGAAAUCAAGUUAAGUAAUCAACACAACAUCAAAAUCAAUCGCAAUCAGUUAUUUAAUUAACAAACCACUUCCGCAUUGCUAAUUCAGUGCUAUCACACGUCAACAAACUUGAAAAAUACAACUUUCACAAGAGUACGCUAACUGCGACAUAAAAAUAAUCAUUAAUUCACUAUUUAUAGUAUAUUUUUAAUGUUUAAUACUUAGGAAAGUGUGUGAAAAGUUCAUUACCUAGUAAAGUGUUAGAAUAUACAGUGUAAUUUGCGUUUAAUUACUGCAUUCCACCAUAUGAUAGUGAAGGCAGAAAAAUCGAUAUUUCUGCAGUGUCUCCGUUGCUAGGCUGUAGCGCUUACUACAUGCAGUGCAACAUACACGCGUGACGACUUAAUUUCUCUCUAACAUGACGUGAGUAACAAAGUUUUUGUUAUAAACCAUCUAAAAACAUGAUGGAAGGAAUUAUUUCCUACAGAGUGACACCACUUCUGAAAUGCAUAGUGCUGUUCCUGUUUAUUUUUACGGCAAAGGUACUCACUUCUCGGCCUCAAGAAUCUCAAGAUAUAAGGAAUGGCAUUCAUCAUCUAAAACCAUCCCACUAUGUGAGAACUUUUACUAAGUACCAUCACAGGAGAACUAUUCAAUGGAAUAAUCAACAAGAUUUGACUAAUGAGUGGCCAGUUGUAAAUGAUCAUCCAAGAGUUAUAGGGAAGAGAAGUGUUGAUUCCCCCAACUACGUAGAAGUAAGAGAUGUCUCUAAAGUAUACCAACAUGCUAAAUUAUUGAAGAAACGAAGCAUACCAGAUGAUGCAAUUGAGAAAAAAGUUUCUAACACCCUUAUCAAGCGUAAAUACUGGCCAGCAAGACAUAUGAGGAUUGAAAAGAGAAGUUUAGAUGUUCCGAAUUCAAAUGAAUUUGUGGGGUCUUCUCGGGAGAUCCACAGACUUGAUCAUUUCACUUCGGAUACUGUAAGGGAGAACAUUGUUGGGUCAUUUGAGAAGAAAGCUAUUAGUUCAGGUAGAGAUAAAGGAAAGAAUGGUUUGUCCAAUGAUAUCAAGAUGUAUAAAGUAAAAGCAGCUGUAAUACCAACUGAAGAACCGACAACCAAAGGUCCCACAAUAUCAUGUUUGUACAAAAUUCAUGAUAGUGUGGCUAUGAGUGUCACUCCUUCAUAUGCUGAUGAGAGGAAUGCUCAGCUUAUGGUUGUGAAUGACAGUUUUGAAACUGGUCCCAUAUCAGAGACAACUCUACCGAAUGGAGAAGUGGCACAAAUAGAACAGUGCACAGGUACUAAAGCUUCAUGCUAUACUCUGUGGCAUCAGGACAAGGACGCCAAUAUCACUGUGUUGGGCCAAGGAUGCUGGCGAUCCUCGCAGACGGAAGGGCGAAGCUCCUGUGACAAGUGCACCCGAGUGUCAGCCCCGAGACUGCCCGGCACCAAAUUCUGUUGCUGCACCAACACUUACUGUAACGCUGACUUCUUAUCCCUCAAAGAAGAGACGGUAACAAUGAAAGCUGAAUCGACAAUGGACAGCGGUGCCCAAAGUAUGGUGGCGGCGUCCAACAUACUCGCCUCGUCCGUGCUGGCGCUAGUAGCUAUACUAGUACUCGCGCUACUACUCACCAAGUUCUACUGCCGGUCCAGCAGGCCGCAUAGUGAUACCGACACACUUAAUGUUGAGAAAGGAGAUGUCAUGGGCAGUGGUCCUGAUGCGUUAGCGACGGGGCUGUCCUGCGUCGAUAACUUAACGCUUAUUGAACACAUUGGUCAAGGCAAGUUCGGCUCAGUCUGGCGUGGCAGUCUAGGUUCGGUUCCCGUUGCAGUCAAGUUGUAUUCUAACACGAGUACGUGGCAGAGAGAGGCAGCGAUAUACGCAUUGCCGCAUCUCGCUCAUCCAAAUAUACUGAGAUAUUAUGGCAGCGACAGUCGCGCCACGCUAACAGGCGGCGGAGGUCGUUCGGAGCUGGUAGUGCUGGAACUAUGCGCCGGUCCGCUCCGCUCUCGGCUGACGGCCGCCCCCCUCAGUUGGAGGGAAUUUGCGCAUCUAGCGCAUGGACUAGCCGCCGCAUUAGCGCAUCUACAUACGCCUACUGGUAGCAAGCCUUGCGUAGUACAUCGCGACGUGAACAGUAGCAACGUGCUAGUGACGGCCGGGGGCGACGCUCGCCUCGCAGACCUCGGCCUUGCGCAGCUAUUGCACGCUGCAAGGGACCGGGCAGCGCCUACGAGGAUUACUGAGAGCUUAGUAUCCCGCAACAAGGCUCGGCCCCCACUACCAAAGGGGCCAGUGCAACAAUCCCGAGCGUUGAAGAUCGCAGCUGAUACCUGUGACGAAUGCUGGGAUCAUGAUGCUGAGGCUAGAUUGACAGCGGUGUGCGUUGAAGAGAGAAUGGCUGAGCUAAAGCAGAUGUUACACGCACAGGGACCUCUCAUACACGACAACAAUCUUCAUCCACAUCCACCUACGGACUCCAACGUGCCCUCACCACCAGAAAUGGACAAGAAUUCAAACUGUACAUCCACCCAAAAUAUAGACGUCCAUACACCUCUUCUAUACCCCCAGCCGCAUAUAGGCCGUAAUGCGUGCAUAGAACGCAACACACAUACGAAUACACAGUCCACUACCGUUGAACUUAUACACAAAUCCUUAAAAGAUAUUACUGCACCCAUAGAGACCCUGAGAGUCCCCAACGUAGAGGAGAAUUGUCUCUCAGUAGCCAGAAUCUCUAGUCACCCAAGAAUUUCUCUACUCGAAAACUCCGCUCUAUCAGAAGUAAGAUCCUACCAAAGACCCCUAGAUUACGUCCAAAAUGACGUCACAGUCAACGAAGAUAGAGGCCCCAAGCAAACAAACCUACUCCAAGACGUUAAGGUCGAAAAACCCAAAUGGGGCUUCAAAAAAUUCUUCGAAAAACUCAAUAGAAAUAAAAUGGAAACUGAAGUGAAAUUGGCGGAGAAUUCGCAAAGGACUUUGACCUCUAUUGUCGAUAAGCCUUCCAAUAACGAUAUUAGACCAUCAAAUCUUUCUAUUACUCAAGAUCGCAGUCCAUAUAACUUUGAGGGACCUUGCACCUUAUCGCCUCCUAAUAGGACUCUUUCUCCAACAAUGAUGAUGGAUUCAGAGAACAAAGUGUUUGGUUUCAAAGAGCUUCCUAACAGAGACGCUGAAGCCAGAACACCGAACCAAAUCUUCGCUGUAAUAGUACCGAAAGCUAAACCACCAGAUUUCAUCGAAAUGAAGAACAAAGGUAGCUCUGAAAGCCUGAAACGUUCAGUAAAAACUUCUCUAUCAUCUCAAAGCAUUUUAAAAUCAAAUUCCGAGUCUGAAGACUCGACUGUUAAAAAAAGAUUGAGUUGCGAAAAUAGAAACGGUAGUGGGAGUUCUUCGAGAGCAUCUAUUAACUUAGAACUACAGUACAUUGAUACCCAAGACUCCUUCAACGGUCCUAUAAGCCCUUUCGAUAUAAACUCAGACUGUUCUAGCAGCGAAGAUGAACAUUUAAUGCUUCUAUCUGAAAACGGGGGCUCAAAAAUCACCAUGCAAACGAUACCAAAACAAGAAGUUAAAAAGAAUGACGUUUUGAAGGAAUCUAGUCAAGUGACAGAUUUCACGUUUAAUAAAUUUCAAAAUAAAUAUACUAAUUUUGACAAUGAGUAUAGUGAUCCGAAUGACAAAGAAAAUGCGGUUAACGGAUUCAGUGGUGACAAUCCGGUUUACUUCGCAGCUUUAAAUGGGGAAAUAGAUUCUUCUGAAUUAAAACUUCAAGGGAAUCGGUCACCGAAGCCAACUUUGAAGAACUUGGCGAUUAAGAGGCAGCACUCUUUAGAGCAGGUGAGUGAGAUAUUCUCUUCUGCAGGUGAUGUGAACCUCCUGAACCCGGCAGGAAGGGUCAAAACUCCUGGGGAUCUCCCCGUAGCUGUUAGAAAGGCAAGAAGAGAUAGAGCUUUGCAGAAGGGAAGAGCGAGUGAAUGCAAUAGAUUGAGUUUAUACGAUGAUCGAAUGAUGUUUGGUAAUAGUUUGUAGUUCAGUCUUUGCUAGAUAUAUGUAUAAUUUGUUGCUAGCAGAGCCCAGCUCACAUCGGCGGAGGCGCGGCGAAAAUACUGAGAAUACAUCAAUUUCAAAUAUACUUUAACUACUAAGGCACACGGAUGAGAACUGCAUGCUAAAGAAGCUUGACGACGCACCGCGCGGUCCCACUAAAAUCUAUCUUUGGUAUGCCAUUGUCAGCCCUGUACCACAGUAGUUAAGAUUUAUUUUAAAUGUAUUAUUUCUCUGUAUCUUCACAGCGCCUCCGCCAGUGUGUGCUGGGCCAAAAUGUUCUAUAUGCUCCUCCUAUUUGAGUUGAAAAUAUAUUGUUGAUAGUCAUUGAACAGAUGUGUCAUUUCCAUAAGCAUUUAUUUAUAUGUAAUAGAAGUACUUAGUAGUAAACAGACAUAGAAACAAACAGAUUUGUUAUAUAUUAAUUUAAUAAAGCAACUUAAGAACGGUUACCUCACAUUGGAAUUAAGAAAUAUCUAUAAAGGAAAAUGUUAAAAUGGUCUAAUGGAUAUUGUUGGUUUAAAUGAUAUACCUUAAAAACCGGCUAGUUGAUCACAGCUAUACCAUUUCAAUAUUUAAAACUCUCAGACAUAAAUCAUGUUUAAAAUUAUGCCUUCAGUUAAAAAAAUAAACCAACAAUUUCCCAAUACACUGUAUAUUAAAAACAAACAAUUCCGCUUCUCUUUCUACAUAUAUUAUUGAUUCAAAUAAAUAAUCGAAAUAACAUUUUCAAAUCGAUUUUGAAUUCGAACGAAUAAAAUUUUUAUAAAUUUGCAAAAUUUUCAAUACAUUUCGUCUUAAUAUUUGAAAGUUUUUGCCAAAUUAUUCAUGUUUGCAUGCUAAUUAUUCUUAUUCUUAUAACUUACCCACGUUCCUGAAAUGAAGGGUUAUGAGUUUUGCGUGCCUAGAAACUAAUAAAUCCUAAAAGCAGUUUACUUAAAUGAGUUUUUCAAACAAAGUUUGUCUUUGAAAGUCAAUAUCUAAGCAUUUAAUUCAAAUAAACCUAUUAAAUUAUUUGUAUUGUAA